CACAGCUCGCGUCAGUAUCGCGUUAAAGGGAACCCAAGGCGAAGUCCCUCUAGUCUUGGUGAUUAUCGUACGCGUCGAGGGUCACAGAUCCACGGACGUUGGAUUUCCGAGUAUCUGAUCAGUCACAGUUAUAUGGCUGCACCAACCAAAGUCAUCAGGUCAUCAAGAAGCAAAAGAGGCAAAGCAAAGCAAGCAAGCAAACACCAAAUUGUCCCUUUUUAUUUCCAGCCGCCAAAUGCUAUUUUUCUCCAUCUCAUCAACCUUUCCCAGAAACUUACACAAAUCGCUUCCACAACGUUCGAUCCACUCGAGGGAACAUCGUCCAGCCCACUCUCAGGCUACUUCGCCCCCUGGCGUGUAUUCUGUACUCACAUUCGCGCUCGUUCGUUCGUUCGUUCGCUCGCUCGCAGCCCAAUCUUUGUGUGUGUGCAACCGCAGGCAUUCGCUGUAAGGUACCCUACCUUUACCUUGGAGGGUCCAGGUCCCUCCCUCCCCUCCACUUCAACGGUGCUGCUGCAACCGCUACAACUUUGUGUCUGUCCGUCCUGCACCUCGCUGCCUUGCCCGUGCCAGGUCUAGCGGUUAUAGAGGUACUGCCACUGUAGCGUACCUUGCCUUGCCUGGCCUUAAACCAAACAUCGGAUUGGAUCGAAAUAAGGUAGCCCAGCCCGCCGCUGUGUCCCGCCGGGUCGUGUCGUCUUCCCUCGUCUCGUACUUUUAGUACCUUGCUCAGGUCGUCUCGUCUUGCGAUCCUUUUCCUACAACCUCCACCUUCGAGCGAUUCACAACUUCCCAACUUGCAACUGCCCAGGAGGCAUUCAGUUACACAAAAAUGAAGGUUCGUCAUCGCUCCUUUCCCUUCCGUCGCUCAUGCCUCUUCAUGCAGCUGCCUGCCAUCUCAUAUCUCUAUUGUAUCAUGCCGUGCUUUGCCUCCAACUUCUCGUGCCUCACAAGGCGUUAUUCCCAUCUUCUCAGCUACCUGAGCCAAACCCCCUCCCCCGCCGCAUUCAACUCGUCUUCGCUCAUUAUUUGCGCCGGCUUCGCUGGCUGUCCAAGAAAUACUCGAGUCAAAAGCUAACAGUAAUGCGCUUCGUGCAGGCUCUUCGACGUUCGAUCAAAGGUGACAAGGACAAAGGAUCCGUCGCUCCCAAAUCGGCUGUCGCCAUUGUUCCUCCAAAGAAGGUCAUUCGAGCUCUUUACGAUUACGAGGCACGAUCGAGCCAAGAACUGAGCUUUUCGAGAGGCGACUUUUUCCACGUUAUCGGCCGCGAAAACGACCAAGAUUGGUACGAAGCAUGUAAUCCAGCUCUCCCUGACGCCCGGGGUCUCGUCCCUGUCACCUUCUUCCAAGCGCUUGGCCGAACCGAGAGAGAUAGCGCACAGUCCGACGGUGGCCAACUUCCCACUCCGACAAAGAACCCCGACCACGAUUCUGGAUAUAGCGAAUCUCCAGCAAUGCAAACUGCGCCAGCCGUCAUGUCACCCACUACAGCCGUGCCCCAGCAAGGCCACCAGCGUAAUUCGAAGUCGGUUGGAAAGUCAGGCGCCAUGGUCUACGGAAUUGUCAUGUACGACUUUGCUGCGGAGAGAGCAGACGAGUUGGAGGCCAAAGCUGGCGAGGCUAUUAUCGUCAUCGCACAGUCGAACCCCGAGUGGUUCGUGGCCAAGCCCAUCGGUCGAUUGGGUGGCCCAGGACUCAUCCCCGUUUCCUUUGUCGAGAUUCGUGAUAUGGCAAGCGAUAAGGCAAUUGCAAACCCGGGUGACGCCAUAAAGCGUGCUGGUGUUCCAAAGGUGGAAGAAUGGAAGAAGAUGGCCGCGGAAUACAAGAACAGCAGCAUCACACUGGGCAAGUUUGAGGGAGGCGGUCCUCAACAACCUGGGCAGGGUAUCGAGCAAGGCAUGGAACGAAUGAGCAUUCAGCAACAGCAGCAUUCUCGACAACCUUCUCAGAAUGGAGCGCAGCCCGGAUACGCAUCUCAACCUCGAACGUCCCAACAACCUCAGCAAAAUCAUGUACAGAAACCGGCCUCACAACUCAACGCACCGCUACAAGCACGCAUACCACGAUACUGCUUUGCAGAGGAUAAGUACUGGUUCGUGAUCGAAGCAUUGCUAGAAGACGGACGACAAUGGGAGCUGUCUCGCUAUUACGAGGACUUUUACGAUUUCCAGAUCGCUCUUCUGACCGAAUUCCCAGCUGAGGCUGGUAACACAGGGACACAGAAGCGUACACUGCCCUACAUGCCUGGACCAGUCAACUAUGUCACAGAUGCAAUCACCGAAGGACGCCUCCAUAACUUGGACGCGUACGUGAAGAACAUGCUGAACCAGCCCCAUUACAUCUCGAGGUGCAACCUGGUGAGACAGUUCUUUGCACCCCGCGAAGGAGAUUACGAGAUCGAUCCGAACGACAACGAAGAGGAGUACCGCCUAUCACAAGCAUCACAGCUGUCAUCGGCCGAGUCCCCAGCUGGCGGAUCACAGAGCAAUUUGAACGGCAGUGCAUAUGGUCUCUCAGCUGCACCAGCGCAUCAGAUGGGCCCAGGUUCCCCUGACAUCCAAAGACAACCAUCUUCUUUGUCACAACCCUCACAAACCUCUCUCGGUAACGGUAUGCAACCCCAGGCUCAACCGGCAUCAGCAAUGAAGAUCAAGAUGUAUUUCAACGGAGAUCUCAUUGCCAUCCGAGUACCAACAGACAUCUCAUUCCAAGCACUUUAUGAAAAGAUUUGUGAUCGUCUGAAGGUGCCGGCGGGUCAGGAGGUCCAACUGUUUUACAAGGACGAGCCCACUGGAGAUAAGCCAAGUAUGCUUAGUGACAACGACUUGGACUAUGCUCUGCAGCGGAACGAGAAGCUUCUGCUCUAUGUGGAGGCCGUGUGAACUGCCCUGCCCACUCGAGAUGACGACUGCGGCGUUUCAGCUUGAUUGUAACGCUGCAUGGACGGAUCUAAGUUGACAGCCAAACCGAAAAGUCCACCAAAGAGCGUUGGGUGUGCACUGACAUCGUAUAUUCUCGUUCCCGAACCCUUGCCGUAUAGUACAGUACAGACUCUGGCCCUACACUUUGAAAACGUGCGUUCUUCUCUUCCUUGAUGGAUCUACAAUUUCUCAUGAGUCCCCAACGGACGACACGCAUACUUUCAACACUUUUUUCUUUUUCUUUGUCCCCUUUUUUUCUUGUCCAUUUUAUUCUACGCGGAUUUUAUGACGACACGUCGGUGAGGAACUUGAUGCUUCUUUGAUACCAUUUUAUUAGCUGGAUGACGCAUAAGUUUCAUGACCAGUGUACCUGACGCUCGUUGUCUCUUCUUUGGGCAUUUCUCAUGCCCCCCUAUUUGCUCCUCUUUUGAAAACUUUCUUCUUCACAUGUGUAUUCAGGCGGGUAUAUGGCCUUUUGAAUGCUAUUUUGAUAUCACACGACUGAGCUUAGUGCUUUUCUUCCCUUUACUUUUUAUCUUCUUCUGUACUUCCUCACUGAAAGUGACAGGGCCUGGAGGUGGCAUUCGGCAUAGGGGUCGAUAGUUGGUGGACGUGGUAUGCGUUACAGUAUAGGGGGAGGGAAUGGCUGGGGAGGUUCAGUUAGGUGGUUCCAGUAAGCCGCAUUUAGAAGCCUAUAGGUUACAAAUAGCGGACGUUGCUGGGGUCGCGAAAAGCUUGCACUGCAAGGAUCUUGAGGAUCAGAGGAGGCAAGAUACAUAUAUCUUGAUCUUGGUGGUGGAGGUGGAAAGCAAAGAUGAGCGCGCAUGAGCGUGAUGAAUGAAAGCGACAAUUGUGUUAUUUUGUGUAAGCGAUGCAUGUGAAUAUCAAUGUCAAUGGUGUUUGUCUGUAGUUAACAAUUUGCAUUCCUCUCACUUGAAGGUGAAGGUCGAGGAGGUUAAAUCAGUCUCUCAUUUAAUCAAGUUGGCCGUAUCAGUCUUGACUCCUCCCUUCGUUACCUAGUAUCCUGUCUAACGUGUUCUAGAAGUCUAUUAUGAGUGAUGGAUCGUCAUCGUAUGCUCUUUUGUAUUCCCCCAUCCGUAGAAAAACCAUGAGAUGUAACAUUAACCCCCAAUGCCGUGGAUCUUUACAAGAUCAAACAAGUAAAUGCAACCAUAGUCACGUAGCCUCGUAACUGUAAACGCCGGAAAUCAGAAGAAUCUGCAGAGAAAACCUUCUCUUGCAGUGUGAGAUGAUACGUUGGACCGAGCUCGUCUACUCCAGCUUGGUCAUGAGGUUCUUGCGAACUUUCAUGUUGACAACACCACCGACUCCAAAAGCAGGAACAAUUCGACAUAUUCUCGCGACGGAGCUGAUGAACCAGUUGCGCCGCACAAGGUCUAAUCGAUCACGCAUCGUCACGACAGCUCCUCCAGGUCCAGUCGCUUGACGAUUGUAUAAGUCUAGACCGAACAAAUGCAUAGGCGUAGAAAUGAACUGAACCAUAGCAGGGGCCAUGAACUGCGCUGCAUAAAGUCCAGAGGCUCUCUUCUUCAUCUCUGCGGAAAACCGCUUAUCCAAAUACGGCCCCAGCAAAGGGGGCACAUUGAACGACGCAAAGAUAGUCAAGCAAUCGCGCAGCGCAAAAAGAGUGUAUGAAGCGAGAGGGACAGGUCUAGGCACAACACCAGGCGGUCCAAACAUACGCACAAAGACUUGAUCCUUGUAGAUACAGACUCCGAUGUUUGCGGCGCUGGACGCAGCGAAUUUUGUUGUUCCGGCUGUGACGCUCGAGGCGGGCUUGUUGUUGACGGUCGAGAACGAGGUGUCGACGGCGUUGGCGGUGAGAUAUGUUCCGCCGUAGAGGCAGAAGAUGAGCGCUGUUGGCUUGGAGAAGAGUAUUGUGUGUGGGCGGGUGAAGAGGGUUCGGAGGGAGGAUUUUACAGAGUUUGCGAGGGUGUUUGCGCCGGAUGCGUUCUCCAUGAUGGAGCUGUCAUGAUGUCAGUUUUUUUUUGGAGUUUGGAGUUUGGAGUUUGGAGUUUGGCGAUGUCGGCGUGUCUCAGAAACAUGGCAUAUGAAUGGCGGUGAUAGUCCAAGGGGCAUGGUAAUUUACUGACCGGUCGAUAAUGGCAAUGAUGGGCGCUACCAUGGAAGCAGCGCUCGCAGCGGAUAGAAAGUCAGUGCCGAGUCGUGAUGUCAAGUUCUUGGUAUUCCAUGUAUUUUUGGUGGUGAUCUGCUCGGGCGUAGUUGUCCCGGCGAGAACCAACGCCGGCGCAUCAGAGUCUUUCAUGAUGAUCCAAGAUCUGGUCUCUUUUUCUCGUUUCUCACGUGGUAAUAUCAGACCGUAACUCGCUCAGAAACACAGGAAAAUACAAUAUCAAGUCUAGUAAGAAGAAUGAGAUGACGGAACGGGUAUGACGAAAAGAAAACAGGUUCCUGGGGGAAUAAAAGGGAACUAGAA